AUGGUGCCUCUCAUCUGGGAGAUUUUCCUCGUCCUUGCGAACUUGUCGCUCAUUGUCGUCGCCCUGGAUGUCCCAACAUUUUUUGGAUGUAAGAACUCGCUGAUUAGUGAUGAUUGGAGGGAAGUGGUUCUCAAGUUUCACAACGACAAUCGCAAGAAUGUAGCUGAGAACAAACAAGCAUCAAAAGAUGGGAAAUUAAUGCCUUACGCAAAAAAUAUGAAUGAACUGACGUGGGACUGCAAUAUAGAACAUAAUGCAUGGUUAUUAACUUGCGAUUCCACAGUCACCGUUCCGAACGGAUAUGCAAAACUCGAAUCAGAGAUUACUAUGACCGGCAAAAACUGUGACAUAAAGGCAAACACAAAGAAAGCAUUGCAAACAUGGUGGGAGGAGGUCAAAGUCGAAGAUCUUUCGGCAGAUCCAAAAUAUGACGACAAAUAUAAAAACUUUGCUCAAAUGGUAAACGCUGAAGUUACUGGAUUUGCCUGCUCUUACAAUCUGUGCAACGGAGCGGGCAAAUUGGUGUGUCUCUACAACAAAAUGCUCUCCCAACCUGCCGAUUUGUUGUAUAAAGUGGCUGCUGAUGAACCCAAUGUCUGUGCAGACUGCACCUCUCCAACUCUUGCCACCCCUUGUGUAGCACACCUUUGUCAGCCAGAAUACAAACUCGCCGCCGAUACGGCUCCACCAGUACAAUGUCCGUCUCAGCCCGCUGCAGCCGAUGACAUGACAUACGAUUUGGAACAGACGGCAAUAUACAUGCACAAUUAUUACAGAAGGCUUAUUGCAACUGGAUGGGCUAUGGAUAACAACAACAAAAGUUAUGCAAAACCGGCGGCAAAAAUGCCUGCAUUGAAAAUCAAUUGUCAAACCGUGGCGGACUCAAAAAUAAAAGCGGACUGCACAAAUCCACAAAAUACUCCGCUGGCAGAUCACUCCCUGAAUACCUACACAAAGAAUUACCCUGCCUCAAGGCAAGAAGCCCUCGAAGAGGCGAUAAAUUCGUGGUAUGGACAACUUCUGGAUGUCACACUCGACGAAAAGGCUACGUAUACGUCAGCAAUAAAGAAAACAGCGGAAAGUUUCGCUAAUUUAGCUCAAGAUGAGGCCACUGAGAUUGGAUGUCACGUGCAAGAAUGCGCGAAACAAGGUUUUACUAUCGCCAUCUGCCAGUACAACAAAGUUCCUACCGAAGAUUCUCCUCUGUAUGCAGUGGGCAACACGUGCUCGAAAUGUUCGACGCUGAACAAAAAGCCUCGCCCCCAUCGGGAGCAUCCUCGAGAGGCUUGCGAUGCGGUCCUUGGUGUCGUCGUCCCAAGCGUCCUUAAUCGGCACAAUGGCAUUAAGAGAGCUGGCCCAACUGAUCACACGACCCCAGAAAGGGACGCGAGGAAGGGAACGAACGUGUCCGGAGAUGCUUUGGCGACACCGGGAUAUGGCUACGUUCAUACGCCUAUACUUGUCGAGGAAUUCGGCAGACUCUGGCGCUACAUUAACUUCACGACCGUAAUUUCGUCAUUCUACAAGAACAUCAUCGUUGACAUGAAGAGGGGGGUCCAACAGGGUGAUACAAUUCCACCCAAAAUAUUCACAGCCAUUCUCGAGAACGCAAUGCGAAGGUUGGAAUGGGACGACAUGGGAAUGAAGGUUGAUGGUCGGCAGCUACACCAUUUGCGCUUUGCUGAUGACAUCGUACUGAUAACAACUAGCAUCAGCCAAGCGGAACGAAUGCUGACCGAAUUCGAAAAAAACGAAACAUGUAGAUGCAUCGGUCUUCAGCUGGAUCUACAAAAGACGAUGUUCAUGCAGAACGGAUGGGUCUGGAAUGCCCCAUUCACGCUCACCGGAACGAACAUAUCCGAAUGCACCAGCUACGUUUAUCUGGGUCGGGAACUGAACAUGAUGAACGAGGAGGAGCUGGGCAGGAGGAGACGAGCGGUUUGGGGAGCGUACAAGAGCAUCGAGGAUGUAGUGAAGAAAACCAGGAACACCCGGCUCCGUGCUCACCUCUUCAACACCACCGUACUUCCUGCUUUGACCUAUGCUUCGGAAACCUGGGCAUUUCGCAAGCAGGAAGAAAACGCGGAAGACCGCCGACCCGAUGGUCAGAUUUCUUCACGAAGUCCUUCAAAGAAAAAUAUGAUGCUCUUCGUGUCCCACGCGAAAGGAGGAACCACUGGGCUACUCUGGCACGCGAUCAGGACAAAUGGAAGAAUUACUGGCGCCCGCUCGACCAGUUCGAAGAUCAACGGGAGUCAAGGUGAUCAAGGUGAUCAAGGUGUCGGUAUGGGAGACGCAUACGAGAUGAUGGGGGAGUUGGGCGCCGAUCCGCCACCGCCGCCACCGCCUCCACCACCACCUGCACCUCCUCCUCCUCCGCCACCACCACAACCUCAUGGUAACUUGCCACCGCCCCAACAUUUUCGCUCACCUUUCCCUACUCCCCCACCGCCUGGCCCGCAGGACUUUUUCGCUUUGCCUCCCGCUGGUCAGAACCCUUUUCCAUCCCCUCCACCGAUGCAAAGACCUCAAGGAGCUGGUCGGCCUGGCGGACAGCAAAAAGCACCCACUGCACCUCGAGUAGAUCCAUACUUCGGACUGCCUAAAGCAGCAGUCACUCAAACAACAACAGAGAAGGAUAGUGGGAGCAGCAAAAAUAAAAUGAAGAAGCAGUCAAAAAUAAAACCGAAAAAUGUAGCAAGUGGAAAAAGUGCUUCAAAAAGAAGAAAAAACAGCGGUCAAGCAAGUAACGAAAUUAAGUAUUUAUUCGCUGCAAAAAAACGUAGUGAAAAACCGAUUCGUUUGUAUAAAAUGAUUGAUUGCAACUUAAUAAAAUGA